AUGGCCGAAAGUGAGGCAGAGGAGCGAUCUACCAAGCGCCGCAAGCUUGACCCGAACGAAUCUGUGCCGGCUGAUCAAGAAAAUAGUCCUCUCCUGUUAGGGGUCGAUGAAGCGGCUAGCGGUUCCGUCGAGAAUCGGCCUUCGUCGACCGGCACGCCACAACAGCCCGCUGCAGAUCUCGCAGACACGCCUGCAGAGGAUGGUGAAAACUCCAGAGAAGGCUCAGCCCCAGAUUCUGCCGCAGAACCGGGAAAGAAGCGCCCCCGUGAUCCUGACCCUGCUGAACAUGAACGACUUCUCCUCCAGCAGCAGCAGCAGCAGCAGCAGCACAACGGCGAGCCGACAGAACCUCUAUCCAAGAGCCAACUGAAGAAACUCCGCAGACGAGAAGAAUGGGAAGCCAAUCGAGACCACCGCAAAGCCAAGCGGAAACAGAAGAUCCAGGAAAAGAGAGCCCGGAAGCGAGAGGCACGGGACGAAGAGGCGCAACGCUUGCAACUGUUACAGCAGCAGUCUCCGCAAGAGCAAGAGCCAAAACAAAAUGAAGUCCGACAUUCAAAGUCGAUCUCGAAUGCCACACAGUCACAGGUGCCGAAGGUGAAGCCAAAGCAGCCUCCUCGCCAUAUCCAGCUCCCCCUGACGAUCUUGAUAGACUGUGGCUUUGAUGACCUCAUGAUGGAGAAGGAACGCAUAUCGCUGGGUUCGCAAAUCACUCGCGCGUAUUCCGACAACCACCACGCGCCGUACCAGGCACAUCUGGUGAUCAGUUCGUGGGGCGGGCUGUUGAGAGAACGCUUCGACACAGUCUUGCGCAAGCACUACCUGAACUGGAAGGGCGUGAGAUUCGAGGUGGGGGACUUCCUCGAGGCGGCUCAGAAGAUGGAUACGAUCAUGAAGGACCCGAAAGUCGGUGGCCAGUUGGUUGGUAUUUUUGCUACCAGUCUCACGGACGGAAACGCCGAGCAUGAGGAACAUAAGCCUGUAGACACCGAUACUGACAUUGCCCCUCCCAACGAAUCCACCACGGAAUCUGCACACAACUCAGAUAUAGACAUGGCUGGCCACGCCGAACCGGUCAACGUGCGCACAUUAGCAUCUGAAAACCAACAGCCAGAGUCCGCUCAAGAAGACGCACCGCAUGCAUCCUCUGAUCCGAGAUCCACGACCGUUUCGGCCCCUUCAACGCCACCACGCGGCGAAAUCAUCUACUUGACCUCCGACUCACCUCACACCCUCUCCACCCUGUCUCCCUACAGCAUCUACAUCGUCGGUGGGCUGGUGGACAAGAACCGCCACAAAGGGAUCUGCUACAAGACGGCCUGUGACAUGGGCAUCAAGACUGCCAAGCUCCCCAUAGGCGAGUUUCUCGAGAUGAGCAGCAGGAAGGUUCUGGCCACGAACCACGUCGUGGAAAUUUUGCUGAGGUGGUUCGAGGAGGCCGCUGCUGGUGGGGAAGACGGGGCUUGGGGCCGGGCGUUCUUGCGCGUGAUUCCGAAGAGGAAGGGCGGGAAGUUGCGAGGACAAGAGGGUGGGGACGACAGCAAGGAACGAGUAGAUCAAGACGAAGAUGAAGACAAGCCCGGUGCCGAAAACAACGAGCAAGAGGAUCAGGACGGAGAUGAAGACGAAAUGGGUAACGUAAACAACCAGCGAGAGGAUCAAGCUGGACAUGGAAGCAAGGCGGGCGCCGAGGUGCGACUGGAUGAUGCCCACGACAACUAA